UCUCUCUCUCUCUCUCUGUUAAGAUUUGGAUUUUCUCUUUCUCGAAAUCAAUUGGGUUAUUGUGGAUUGAAGGCGUCUUCGUGGUUUCGCUUUGCCUCGCCCUCACGAUCUCCGACGACGUCCCUCUUUAGCCACCAUCCUCCCAAUCUCACCAGAAUCCAGCGAGAAAACGUGUAAAUUCCAUCCCUUUUUUUGGCUGUUUUCCGCCUCCAGUUUCGUUUCCAGCUCGAAAGAUUCCAUCUUUGCCUCUAAAGAACGAAACAUUCCCUCUUUCUUGAUCAUUUUCGAGCUGGUUUCCCUACAUUUCGUCGUCUUGUCGGUGCCCCGUGUCCGAGGACGGAGGCGGCUUCUGGCGCAGGAGAGGCGAGGGGGAGGAGCUAAGAGAAGCUGUGGUUAUUGAAUCGGUGGGAGGAUCUGGAGAUCCGGUGGCGAGUUGCUUGGUGAUCUGCCGGGUUUGGAAUGCUCGAGUGAUCUGGUCCGACCCCGGGUCUCGCGAUCCGGAACGGGAUGGCGGUACAGGACGGUGCGGAGGCCCGGAUCGCGGGCAACCCCGACGCCUCGAGCUCCUACCUCCAUAAAUUUAGGCUCUACGAGACACGAUCGAAAUUUUAUAUGAUUGGAAGAGACAAGAGUAGAACACUAUGGAGAGUGUUGACGAUUGACAGAUCAGAUGCUUCAGAGCUUAACAUCCGUGAGGAUGCCACAACAUACACAGAAAGCGAAUGCAAUGAGUUGUUGAAGCGAAUUGAUGAAGGAAACAGGUUGACUGGUGGACUAAAAUUUGUCACCAACUGUUAUGGCAUUGUUGGGUUUGUUAGGUUCUUGGGCCCCUAUUAUAUGUUGCUUAUUACUAAAAGGCGGCAAAUUGGCAUCAUAUAUGGCCAUGCUAUCUUUGCCGUCACAAAAAGUGAGAUGAUUGCACUUCCAAAUUCGGCCAUCCACUCUAAUAUGGCUUAUUCUAAGAAUGAAAACAGAUACAAGAAGCUAUUGUGUACAGUAGAUCUUACAAAAGACUUCUUUUUCAGCUACUCAUACCAUGUUAUGAGAAGCCUCCAAAAGAACAUAUCUGACAGUCAAAGAGGAGAAGUGUUGUAUGAGUCCAUGUUUGUCUGGAAUGAGUUUUUGACACGUGGAAUCCGUAAUCAACUUAAAAAUACUCUAUGGACAGUUGCCUUAGUAUAUGGUUUUUUCAAGCAGGCAAAACUUUCAGUAUCUGGGAAGAUUUUUAAAUUGACACUCAUCGCUAGGCGAUCACGUCAUUAUGCUGGCACUAGAUAUUUGAAGCGUGGUGUUAAUGAGAAGGGAAGAGUCGCAAAUGAUGUCGAGACAGAACAAAUUGUUUUUGAAGAAAUUCCUGGAGGGACUCCAACACAUAUUUGUUCUGUUGUUCAGAAUAGGGGUUCCAUACCACUGUUUUGGUCACAGGAAACUUCAAAGCUAAAUCUUAAGCCUGAUAUUGUCUUGCAUAGAAAGGAUAAAGAUUAUGAAGCCACCCAACUUCAUUUUGAAAAUCUUGUAAAAAGAUAUGGGAACCCUAUAAUCAUUUUAAACUUGAUUAAGUCAGAAGAGAAGAAACCUCGAGAAUCUAUUCUUCGUGUCGAAUUUGCUAAUGCCAUUGAAUUUCUGAAUAAAGAUGUACCAAGCGAAAAUCGUUUAAUGUUCCUGCAUUGGGAUCUCCAUAAACAUUCUCGAAGUAAGGCUAAAGGUGUGCUUACUUUGCUGGGAAAAGUUGCAGCCUAUGCACUGAAUCUAACUGGCUUCUUCCAUUGUGAAGUUACACCAGCUUUAGAGUUUGAUGGUGCUUUAAGAGAACCUGUCAUUUUGAAGGACAAUGUUGAUCCCUGGUCAUCUAGUUAUCUCGAUAACAACGACAACAGCAACAAUGACAACAACACAGAUGGUGAUAUUAUCCAUGGAGAUGGUUUCCAAGAAGAUAACAUGAUGGAAGAUAGUUCUCAAGAAGAAAAAACUGUUGGAGAUGGUUCUCAAGAGGAUAACAUGGUGAACCAUGCUAUAUCUGAGCAGAGAACGGCAGAAAAUGAAGAUAGCAACUGUGGAAUUUGUCUGACUAAAUCAAUUAGAUUUCAGAAAGGAGUCCUGCGCACAAAUUGUAUUGACUGUUUAGAUCGCACUAAUGUCGCUCAAUAUGCACACGGUUUAGCUGCUCUUGGGCAUCAGCUUCAUGCUUUAGGCCUAAUACGUAUACCAAGGAUUGAUUUAGAUGCCCCUUUGGCUGAUGAUUUGAUGAGCUUUUAUGAGAAAAUGGGUGACACACUUGCUCUACAAUAUGGUGGUUCUGCCGCUCAUAACAAGAUAUUCUCUGAAAGAAGAGGCCUUUGGAAAGCAGCAGUACAAUCUCAAGAGUUCUUUAGAACACUUCAAAGAUACUACAGCAAUGCCUAUAUGGAUGCUGAAAAGCAGGCUGCAAUAAAUUUAUUUCUAGGCCAUUUCCAUCCUCAACAAGGGAAACCAGCAAUAUGGGAGCUGGACUCUGAUCAGCAUUGUAAUGUGGGGAAAAGUGUUCAUGGUUUUGUUGACGAAUAUUCCAGGUCAUUUAUCAAAAGAUCCUUAUCAGAUGGCAACAUUCUUUGUGAAAGCAAUAUGCCUUUCUCCGGCCAUCCUGUUGGUCAGAGAGAAACCUCAACAUUAUCGGGAAGAAAUCAACAGGAGCAUCAAAAGAAUCUUUCUGAUUCAACACCAGAAAUUUCAACUUGUGAAAGUGAUAUAUCAUAUUCCAGGUACACUCCCAUGAUGUCUGGAAGGCAACUGUUUGCAGAUAGUGAGCACACUUUUGUCUAUGAACACGGGGAUUCGAAUUUUCUGGAUCUUGAUUGGCUGUCAUCAUCUGGUAAUUCAUGUGAUGAAGAAAUUUGCGAUAGGUUGAACUCCCCACUCGAGAAUUUUUCUACUGAAAAUGUUAAUGGCAUAAAUGCUGAGGCAACCCCACCUCUAAGUGAAAAUGGAUCUGGCACUAAGGGAAAGCAAACUUUGGAAAAGGAGAUGACUUAUGAUCCUCUUCGAAACUACGAUACCCUUGGUGAAUUUUCAGACAGCUUUAUCCGUUGGGUUAAUUACGGAGAGACUUUAUGCCAUUGAUGUGUUGUACGUUCUAGUUAAAUUGCUCCAUGCCCACCCGGUCCUGAUCAUUCCGCCGAGAUUGCACACUGACUUGAUGAUGCCAUAGAAAGAGUGAAAUGGGUUGGAAAGUUGAAACCGCAAGGUGUGGACAUGUUUUUGUGUUGAAGCAUCAUCCUUACUCAUCCCAGCUUCAUUGAGAGAGGUGCAAAAUUUGCAUUAUUCGGCAGCGACAUCAUCUUCCAUAGGCUGACAAAAGUAUAUGUAGGCAAAUUCUUCUGGGCUCCUCUGAAUAGAAACCCAAAGUCCAAAUCAAUGUAAAUAUCGAUAUAGACAUGGUUGCAGCUAAACAAUCAUCAAUUCUUUUUCCCUAA